CUAAAUGAGUGUAGACCUCUCUAGCUGAUCCGGGAGGUGGUUUUGCUACUUAGCCCGUCAUGUGAUUGCCCUGGGCUUGUUAUCCUUCGAUUUUUCUUAUUAUUUUUUUUGUUGUUAACUUGAUUUUCAGAAGCAGCCUACCUACCAGCGCAGAGAAGGCAAGUAGAAUAGGACUUGUAAUCAAAUACCGGUGGUGCGUUUUUUUAGUAGGGUAGGCUGGGGGCUUCUGCAGGGUGGUGGACCCGAACACAAGCUUCCUGUGGAGACUCACUACCAUCUAGCAGAGACGACAGUGGAACACCUUUAAUAGUUGUUUGGAGACGUCCAGAGAAGGAGUUCUCUCUCUUCACCUGGGUCGUUGCCGCUGGUUCUUCUUUUCAGUCCUUCUACAAAGAAGAGGAUUUCAAGGAAUAUACUAUAUGCCACAGAUUAAAAGGUCUCAAAUGCUCGGUUAACAAUGGGAUCUACGAACCACUGAAGAGCCUCUGACAAAGGAACAAGGGAAACAAGAGGAAAGGAGAGGAGAAAAGGAGAGAGAGAAAUCAAAGGAGAGGGGACUCUCAGAGAGAGAGAGAGAGAGCGAGCGAGAAGGAGCCCCUAUUGAAAAGAAAAGCGGAGGUUGGGUCGGGUAGGAUCAGCUUUGUGUCUGUCGGUGUGUGGUUGGGUUGCAUGCUGUCCUCUCCAGGGGACAUCCUCCUUUGUGUGAGAGAUAGUUAACAAAAGACAAAGAAUGCCCAAUAAACAGAGAGGAGAGUGUCGAGCGACGGAAGAGGCUAGAGCGUGGAUGCCUGGUCUGGGGAGCUUAGCUGUGGGUUGCAGGGCUAGUGUGUUGCUGCUACUGGCUCUCAUGGUAACUCUGGCUCAAGGGGCCUGGCCACUGGAUCAAUCCCAGGGACAGGUGGAGGUGCUGGGGGACAUGAUGGUGGACGGACCCGGGGAGCUGGAGGCCUCCAUGCACUCCUCCAUACUGUCAGACUUCCAGGCGGUGGAGGCCUUGGAUCCGGUGGCGGAUGCAGUUCAGCAUUCUGCAGUAGGAGCAAGGGGAGUGUCAGGAUUCCCUGACUCGUCUGCUGUGGUUGGCCGGGUGUUUCAGAUGAAGGUUCCGGUGAAGACGGACCAUACCAGGAACAUGGUGAAGAUAACUGAGUCAGGCAAGGAGACGUUACCAACAUGGCUGCACUGGGACUGGGAGAGAAACGUCCUACAGGGUCUACCACUGGGUGAGGACAAGGGUGUCCACUAUAUCUCCGUCUCCGCAUCCAAUGGCAGCCAGGAUAUCUUCUCCAUCGAGGUGCACCCAGAGGAACACGCUGACACUGACCCAAUCCAGGUAGCCAUCCAGUCAGCGUCCAACAACUCCAACAACGAGGUAGAGCCAUUCGUCUGUGGCAACGAGGAGCCGGUGACGGUGCUCACAGUGAUUCUGGAUGCCGACCUGACCAAGAUGAGCCCCAGACAGAGGGUGGAGCUGCUGGGCAAGAUGAAGAAGUUCUCUGGCGUGGCGCUCCAGCACAUGAAGAUACUUCCCGUGGUCAACAACAGAUUGUUCGAUAUGUCCGCCUUCAUGGCCGGACCAGGAAAUGCCAAAAAGGUGGUUGAAAACGGAGCCCUGUUAUCCUGGAAGCUGGGCUGUUCCCUAGACCAGAGUAACGUCCCUAAUAUUAGUAGCGUCCAGGCGCCGGCUAAAGCGGGCACUAUGUCGGCUCAGUUGGGAUAUCCGGUCGUCGGUUGGCACAUCGCCAACAAGAAGCCUCAUAUCCCAAAACGGGUGAGGCGCCAGCUCAACAAUACCCCUACUCCUGUUCUAGCUCUGCUUCCCCCAACGUCUGUCGUCGAGCCCCCCGUUCGCAUUGUACCCACCCUGUCGUCACCUGCCAUUGCUGCCCCCACAGACAGCUCUGCCCCACCCAUGAGAGGGCCUGUGCCCUUGCCCAUGAAGCCCACGAUCCGUGUCAGAGACUCAUAUGCCCACACUCCCACUCAGGGUGCACCCCUGCCAACCAGAGUGAUGGAGUCCACUAGUACCAUCUCCAUUGAACCCACCAUGACCAGGCAUACUGUUGUGGAAUCCACUCCGACACUCCCUCCACCCACCACAGUCGCCACCAGAAAGCCAACCAAGAAACCAAAGAGACCGAAGACCACUCCGAUGCCAAGGGAGCCCAAGACCACCACAGCCAAACCAGCCAGGCGCACUACCCCAUCGUCCAUCGUGCCUGACCCAAGAAACGAGAAACCAGAUCUCCGCAACCCCAUUGAUCAGGUCAAUGCCUUCGUGGGCACAUAUUUUGAAGUGAAAAUCCCAUCCGAUACUUUCUUUGACAAGGAGGACGGUACGACAGACAAGUUGAGGUUGACAUUGAGGAUGAACCACAACGAAGUGGUCGGAGAUGAUUCCUGGAUACAGUUUAAUAGCACAAGUCAGCUGCUGUAUGGUCUACCUGACUCGAACCACAUCGGGAAGCACGAGUACUUCAUGCAGGCCACCGAUAAGGGCGGUCUGAAUGCAAUCGAUGCCUUUGAGGUCCGUGUGAACCGCUGGGCUCCCAACGAUAAGUCCCCGGUCUUGUUCCAGGCUCGCUUCCACGGGGAACCUCACCAGGUGACCAACGACAUCCACAAGAAGAUUUUGCUAAUCAAGAAACUGGCGUACUCGUUCGGGGACCGCAACAGCAGCACGGUCACCCUGAGAAACAUCACCAAGGGAUCCAUCAUGGUGGAGUGGACCAACAACAGCCUCCAGCAGAACCCCUGUCCCAAGGAGAAGAUCCAGACCAUGUCCAGGAGGAUCUCUAACGCCCAGGGAAGGCCCUCCCAGACAUUCAUCUCCACCAUGGAGCCUGAAUUCAAACCCAUCGACAUCAAGGUCAAAGGGACAGCCGCCUGCCGGAACUACAUGUUCGUGCCGCCGAGUGAAAUCACCAUUCCUUUACCCCCGGCCGUCACCCCGGCGCUCGGCGCCGGACGCCAGAGCACGGACGACGUCUACCUUCACACGGUCAUCCCUGCGGUAGUGGUGGCGGCCAUCUUGCUGAUCGCCGGCAUCAUCGCCAUGAUCUGCUACCGUAAAAAGCGCAAAGGAAAGCUGACCAUCGAGGACCAGGCUACCUUCAUCAAGAAGGGGGUACCCAUCAUUUUCGCAGACGAGCUUGACGACUCCAAGCCCCCUCCGUCCUCCUCCAUGCCCCUCAUCCUGCAGGAGGAGAAACCCCCACUGCCCCCGCCUGAGUACCCCAACAUGACCAGUCCAGAGACCACCCCCCUGAACCAGGACCUUCUGGGGGAGUACACAGCUCUGAGGGAUGAGGAUCCCAAUGCCCCUCCCUACCAGCCUCCACCCCCUUUCACUGUCCCCAUGGAAGGCAAAGGCUCUCGUCCAAAGAACAUGACCCCCUACAGAUCCCCACCACCUUAUGUGCCACCCUAAGGUUAGCUGGCUCCUCCAGAGGAGGAGAGGGGAAGCAGGGGGACUUGUAACCGUCUCACACCAGUGUUGUCUGUUUGGAAAUAAGGGGUGUGAGGAGGAGGGUAGAGGCUCUGCAAAGUGGCAAUGAACUUCGGACAUUUUGGGUUGGGAGGGUUUUGGGCUGAUCUGAUCAAGGCUGAGUUAAAGUUGAACGAUGGGAGGGAGGAAGAACUAGGUGGUAGCCUCGGCAACGAUAGCCACAACAAUGACACUAUUCAGUCUCUCGUCAUCUCAUUGGUUACAGCUGAACAGCUAGAUUGAGAAGACACGCCCCUCCUGUCCCAGCAGCUUUUUUCUCCAUUUGAAACUAAAUGGCCUUUUGUUUUAUUUUGUGUCUUUUGGUUCUGGUUUUCUUCUGUUUUUGACUUGACUUUAAGAUCAAACUACUUGCCUUUUUUAAUCUUCUUUUAUCUUGAAUAAUACAAGAGGACAAUAAACAAACACACUGCAGGCAAAAAGGUUUUUAAUGAUGAGAUAGAGAGUUCUAUGAAUGAAAACAAACACAACAUAAUCAUGUUGAUCUGGGACAGCCAACCCUGCAGACAGUUAAACACAGUGGUUGAUUGAUGUGGCGGUGGCUGUUUGGAUUCAAUAAGGUUUGCCUUUUAACACUAAUUGUAUGUUUUUACCCUUAUUCACACAAUGUCUAGUCAAGAUGAGCAUAACAAGGGUAGCCUAAAAGAAUAAUUAGAAAUUACUAUUACAUUUUUUUUUUUUUACUUUAUAUUUUUAAGGUUAGAUUAGAUUAGAUAGGAUUGUUUUGGUGGUGGAGCAGAUCUCCUGACUGAAAUAGCCUGCAGGAUCUCUUUUUCCCCCAAUCAGAAAGGAACGGUACACCUAGUAGGUAGGCCUAGUCAGGGUUAGUGAACGUUAACAUGGAAGCAAUGACAACCAGAUAGUUACCCUGGUUACUACCAGAUGGUUACCCUGGUUACUACCAGAUGGUUACCCUGGUUAUUACCAGAUGGUUACCCUGGCCUGGUUAUUACCAGAUGGUUACCCUGGCCUGGUUAUUACCAGAUGGUUACCCUGGCCUGGUUAUUACCAGAUGGUUACCCUGACCUGGUUAUUACCAGAUGGUUAGCCUGGCCUGGUUAUUACCAGAUGGUUACCCUGGCCUGGUUAUUACCAGAUGGUUACCCUGGCCUGGUUAUUACCAGAUGGUUACCCUGGUUAUUACCAGAUGGUUACCCUGGCCUGGUUAUUACCAGAUGGUUACCCUGGUUAUUACCAGAUGGUUACCCUGGCCUGGUUAUUACCAGAUGGUUACCCUGACCUGGUUAUUACCAGAUGGUUACCCUGGCCUGGUUAUUAUCAGAUGGUUACCCUGGCCUGGUUAUUACCAGAUGGUUACCCUGGCCUGGUUAUGACCAGAUGGUUACCCUGGCCUGCUUAUGACCAGAUGGUUACCCUGGCCUGGUUAUUACCAGAUGGUUACCCUGGCCUGAUUAUUACUAGAUGGUUACCCUGGCCUGGUUAUUACCAGAUGGUUACCCUGGCCUGGUUAUUACCAGAUGGUUACCCUGGCCUGGUUAUGACCAGAUGGUUACCCUGGCCUGGUUAUGACCAGAUGGGUACCCUGGCCUGGUUAUUAUCAGAUGGUUACCCUGGCCUGGUUAUUACCAGAUGUUUACCCUGGCCUGGUUAUUAUCAGAUGGGUACCCUGGCCUGGUUAUGACCAGAUGGUUACCCUGGCCUGGUUAUUAUCAGAUGGUUACCCUGGUCUGGUUAUUACCAGAUGGUUACCCUGGCCUGGUUAUUAUCAGAUGGUUACCCUGGCCUGGUUAUUACCAGAUGGUUACCCUGGCCUGGUUAUUACCAGAUGGUUACCCUGGCCUGGUUAUGACCAGAUGGUUACCCUGGCCUGGUUAUUACCAGAUGGUUACCCUGGCCUGGUUAUGACCAGAUGGUUACCCUGGCCUGGUUAUUACCAGAUGGUUACCCUGGCCUGGUUAUGACCAGAUGGUUACCCUGGCCUGGUUAUUAUCAGAUGGUUACCCUGGCCUGGUUAUGACCAGAUGGUUACCCUGGCCUGGUUAUGACCAGAUGGGUACCCUGGCCUGGUUAUUAUCAGAUGGUUACCCUGGCCUGGUUAUUACCAGAUGGUUACCCUGGCCUGGUUAUUACCAGAUGGUUACCCUGGCCUGGUUAUUACCAGAUGGUUACCCUGGCCUGGUUAUGACCAGAUGGUUACCCUGGCCUGGUUAUUACCAGAUGGUUACCCUGGCCUGGUUAUGACCAGAUGGUUACCCUGGCCUGGUUAUGACCAGAUGGUUACCCUGGCCUGGUUAUUACCAGAUGGUUACCCUGGCCUGGUUAUUACCAUAUUUCUUGUUUUUACUUUGCCUGAGUUUCCCAAAGCCACCCAAAAUCAUUCAAGAGAGAAAUAUAACACAAUCCAAUGCCCCUUUUUACUAUUCUUGUUUAAAGUGUGUUAAAAUGAGUAUCAUGAUCCGAAUAUGAUCAUAACAUUGACCAUUUGAAUGCCAUUUUGCCUUUAUGGCGAUGCGACAAGUGUCUUCUGUAAAUAACGAUGGAUCGGCCUGUGUGUAUUUUUAGUCCCCCCCCCCCC